AUGUCCGAUUUACCACUAUUCGGCUGUUCAACAAGGGGGCAAUUAAUAGAUCCAUGGCCUAUCGAUGGAACUCAAAUUGACUACGUGAAUGUUGAAGCUUUCUUUGCAUAUCUGAGAUCAAUAGGCACCAGCUUCACUGAUGAACAACGCGCUAAUGGGCCAUGGAUUCUUGUUACCUCUGUGGACGAACUAGCCUUCAAAUGUAUCCAGGACUCUCACCAUGAACUACUCGAUUCAUGGACCCUACUCUACAACCCUGUCGACUACAUCAUCUCUGCAAAAAUGGAGAGCUUUUCCCACGGACCAUUGGCAAUGGCCAUUACACGGUGGUUAGACGGAAAGCUUACGACAAUGGGAUUGAAUCAUGAAGCAAUUUUCACGGGAACCGCCAACCACGCUCUAUUUAUCAUCAAUCACGCCGGUCAGAAAGUCCUGAAUGACGUGGGCGCUCCAAAGAUAAUCCGCAAACGAGCGGAUCAAACCGUUCGCCCCUUCACGGUUCAACCACCAAGGUCCAUGAAAUGGCCGUCUCUGGUCCUCGAAGUUUCUUAUACCGAAUCGCGGUCUCAGAUCGGAGAGGAUUUACGCCUUUGGCUUCAAAACUCGAAGAAUGAAGUCAGAUUUGCCAUGGGAGCGUUUAUAAACCAACUAUCUCAGACUAUUUCUAUCGAAGAGUGGAGAGUGCGGACCAGGGCAAGGACUGGAAGACAACGAGGACAGCGGAGAGUGCGGACACGAGCAAGGACUCAAAGGCAACGAGGGCGUCAGGUUCCUCAUUAUUCCGCCGAAUGUAUCCAAUCCAUGACGAUUGAAAAGCCACGAUCUAAUGGAGAUCCUACCAUUACGGGAUCGUUUACGAUACCCUUCAACCAACUCCUUCUUCGUGAACCUACUGCACAUGAAGCCGACUUUGAUAUGAGCCAGGAGGAUAUUCAGCAAAUUGCAGUUCAGGUUUGGCGAUCGCAGUCCAUCGGAGACGCUUGGCGCCAGUAG